AUGUUGCCAAAGCUCGAUCCAACAAACCCAAAAGCUUGCUUGUCACUUCUUGAGGAUGUGACCACUAACGCAAUGCAGGUCCAAGAUUCCGUUUUGGAAGCAAUACUCUCACGUAAUGCUCAAACCGAGUAUCUUAAAGGUUUGCUCAACGGUCAACUCGAUAAGCAAAGUUUCAAGAAGAACGUACCAGUUGUGACCUACGAAGAUUAUCGCCCUUAUAUAGAUCGUAUCGCUAAUGGCGAGCCCUAUGAUCUAAUCUGUGAUCGACCCUUCAUGGUUCUCUUGGCCAGCUCGGGUACUUCAUCAGGAGUUCCAAAGUUGAUUCCAUUGACAGCAGAGGAAUUUGAACAGAGGCUGUUGUUUUCAUAUCUCUAUGCACCUCUACCCUACAAGCACAUAGAAGGGCUUCGUGAAGGGAAAACUCUCAUGUUUUACUUCGCGGCUCGAGAAACCGAGACGGCAUCAAGCUUGAUGGUCAGGACUAUGGUAACUUGCGUUUUGAGAACCGUAAAUCAGUCUCAUUGGGAUCGAAUGCAGAUAAGCCCGCUUGCGAUUUCGACUUGUGAGGACAAUACUCAGGGCAUGUACUGCCAUUUGCUUUGUGGGCUUCUACAACGAGAAGACGUAGCUCGCCUUGCUGCACCUUUUGCUUCUUCUGUCCUCAGAGUAAUCAAGUACUUGGAAAAUCAUUGGAAUGAGUUAUGCUCCAACAUAAAGACUGGCCAGCUCAGCGACUGGAUCACGGACGCUCAAUGUGUUUCAGUGAUCAGUAAGCUCCUCACCGCUCCAAAUCCAGAACUAGCGAGCCUGAUCGAGCAAGAAUGCAAGAAAACAUCAUGGGAGGGAAUAGUGAAGAGACUCUGGCCAAAUGCGAAAUGCAUCGACACCAUUGUGACCGGCUCCAUGGCACAGUACGUUCCAGCGCUGGAAUUCUACGCCGGUGGUGUUCCCCUACUUUCAAUGUUUUACGGCAGCUCUGAAUGCUACAUUGGUUUCAACGCCAAUCCUCUGUCCAAGCCUUGUGAUGUGUCUUACACUGUCAAUCCAAGCAUGGCAUACUUCGAGUUCUUAGAGGUCGAGAAAGACCAUCAAGAAGCUGGUAAUGAUCCUACAAAGAAGCCUGCGGUGGUUGAUCUUGUGGAUGUUAAAAUUGGCAAUGAUUAUGAACUUGUUGUCACAACGUUUUGUGGUUUGUAUAGGUACCGUUUGGGGGAUGUUUUACGAGUGACUGGUUUCUACAACAAGUCGCCACAAUUUCGAUUCGUGGGAAGACAGAAAGUGAUUCUGAGCAUCGACGCGGACAAGACCUACGAAGAAGACCUCCUCAAGGCAGUGGCAAACGGAAAGCUCUUACUCGAGCCACAUAACCUAAUGCUCGUAGAUUUCACUAGCCGUCCGGAUUACUCCUCGGUUCCAGGACACUACGUGCUCUAUUGGGAACUCGGGAGAAAAGUCAAGGACGCAAAGCUCGAGCCCGACCCCGAUGUUAUGGAAGAAUGCUGCUUCGCCGUUGAGGAGUCUCUCGACUCUGUGUACAGAAGAUUUAGGAAAAACGACAAGAGCGUUGGACCGCUUGAGAUUAAGGUUGUUAGGCCUGGCGCUUUCGACGAGCUCAUGAAUUUCUUCGUGGAUCGAGGCUCUUCCGUGAGUCAGUACAAGACGCCAAGGUCGGUGACUAAUGAAGAAGCUUUGAAGAUAUUGGAUGCGGCGGUUGUUUCCAACUUUUUUAGCCAGAAAAUUCCGUCGUGGGAGCUAAAGGAGCUGCAUUCCACCAUAUAA